ACAAAGGUAUACUUGGUUGAAACUUUUGAGCAAACAUGUUGGUGAAACACAUCGUUAAGCAAGGGCUUCUGCUCAGAAAUGCUGGUGCCGUGUCGCGCGCCGCAUACCACGUUGGGGACCACCAGCAUUCCACAAUGAACGAUCUGCCAGUGCCCGCUGGAGAUUGGAAGGAGCAGCAUAGCCAACGGAACACCAAGUAUAACAUCACCCUCUUAACUGGUAUUUUGGUUUUGGCUGGCACCAUUGGCUUUGUCAAGACCUCUGGUGUGAUUUACCUAAACUCAACCCCCCCAAGCAGCUUGGACUAGAUUAACCCUAACGUGUAAAUUGCAGAAGCUACUAUGUGUUAAAUAAGCUUAACUUGGCGAAAUAGUAAAUCACACAUCCAAUACAGUUUAUCAAA